GCCGCUUCAUACGAGCCGCGGUCAUAGUCGACGACAAGGCGCGUUAGUGUUAGGACGCGCCGCUCGACAACCCGACGCGAAGACCACGCGGAAGGCAACUUGCACGCAACUCGAUCUAGUGAUAAACAAAACAGACCCAAAAAAACAUUAAAAACUUUUUGUUAUUUUUUGUUUUAUGUAACAGUAGACAUAGACACGACAGUCUGUCUGGUUUUUUAAGUUUGUGAAUGAAACAGUGAAUGAUUUUUCCAGUGACCCGUAUUUGAAAGGUCUUUGGGCGCCGUGGAAUUGUUUGCGAGAUGGCCGGCGUCACAUGAACACGGAAAAUGAUCCUAUUGUCUUCAGAACACAUCUCAGUACAGUUUUAACGGAUUUCAAUCAAGUGGAAUUUUUCAAUCUAAUGGUAAAUCUGUGGCGUGACUCAGUGGUACCAUUUCACUAUAAACUCGCUUUCAAUAAGUGAUAUUUGGUUACGGUGAUCGUGUGUGAACUGAUACAGUGCCGCCAUGACGUCACAAGCCCUGUUCUACAUUCUGAUAAUGUUCCUCGCUUGUUCGCGAGACCCACUCAUAUACGCACAAACCACGAGCACCGAGGUUGGUCGACCGGUGCCAAGAACGACAGAUGCGAUCCGAACGAACGCGACAAUGUACGCGUGGAGCUCGUGGGAACUUGGAGUCCUUGCUCCAAGACCUGCGGGGGAGGAGUGGCUGUACAGGAACGACAUUGUCUGCCAAGGGAUCCUGCUAGGUUACGGCGAAGCAGAAAAGAAGGAAACUAGUACGCAGUAUAGACCACACGAGACGAGCUCGAAACGUUAUCCACGGACCUGGGUCCUCGGGUCCCGACUGUCCAGGGCUAGCGCGAAGAUACCACGAGUGUAA